CUUCCAUCGGGAGCGGACGCGCGUUGGUUGGCGCUGACAGCCGGCCUGCCUGUGCGGAUGCGGCCGCCGAGGCUCUGCGCCGUCCCGGCUGAAGGUUAGAAAAUAACUGUAGAAAUUCGGACGCUUGGGAAGUAUAGCACAGUUCCACCUGGUGUUUUGGGCGACACGUUAUGAACCCUUUCUGGAGCAUGUCUGGAAGUUCUACACGCAAGAAACCGGAAACGGAAGAAAAGGCUCUGCUCGGCGAGCUGAAGACCAGUUCUCCGCGCUCCGCUCCCAAGAAACAGCUGCCUUCCGUUCCCAAAAAUGUCAUGCCGAUGACCAAGCCUGCUUCUCCCGCCCUCUCAGCCCAGUCGACCAAUGGAACACAUGCCUCCUAUGGACCUUUCUAUUUGGAAUAUUCCCUGCUGGCAGAAUAUACUUUGGUUGUGAAGCAGAAACUGCCGGGAGUCUACGUACAACCUUCUUAUCAGUCCGCCUUAAUGUGGUUUGGAGUCAUAUUCAUAAGACACGGGCUAUAUCAGGAUGGCGUGUUUAAGUUUACAAUCUACAUCCCAGACAAUUAUCCUGAUGGGGAUUGCCCACACUUGAUUUUUGAUCUGCCCAUUUUCCACCCGCUCGUAGAUCCUGUCUCAGGGGAACUGGAUGUGAAAAGAGCGUUUACCAAAUGGAGGCGCAAUCACAACCACAUAUGGCAAAUCCUGAUGUACGCGCGCAGAGUUUUUUACAAGAUCGACACAACCAACCCUCUGAACCCUGAAUCUGCUGUGCUAUAUGAAAAAGAUAUUCAACUCUUCAAGAGCAAAGUGGUGGACAGCGUAAAAUUAUGCAGCAGUCACUUAUUUGAUCCCCCCAAAAUUGAAGACCCCCAUGCAAUUAGCUUCUCUCCCUGGAAUCCAGCUAUACACAAUGAAGUGAGAGAGAAGAUGUUGACUCAGAAGAAGAAAGGAGAUGACCAGCAAUGCAAGAACACGCAAGUCUCCGGCCUCUCGUGGGUCAAACCGGGUUCCGUUCAACCUUUCAGCAAAGAAGAGAAGUCACUUCCUACUUAGCUACCCGAAAAGGACGAGACACACUCCACCCUUUUUGACUAGAAGGAGGGAACGAAAACAAGAGCCCAACAGCGAAAAUUGUGGUUCUCCUUGACUUUGGAUUAGUAAAGAGUAAAUGCUAGCAAACGACUUAAAAAGUGAUCCCCGUUCAGCGGGGUUCCUUGGGACUCUUUCUUGAUGUUUUACAGUUUUAAUUGCAGCCUGCAAGUAGGUCUUAUUAAAAGAGCAAAAGGCCGGGCUUCUGUACGGGAAGCCCGUCGUGCGUGGGUAUAACGAAUGACUCAGGAGUCAAAUGUAGCUCAGAAGUUUUCGGUGGGUUCCUUUUUAAAGUUUUUUUUUUUUUAAUGUAAAGAGCAGGCCGGAAAAAAAAACUCAUUCCAGAGAUAAUCUGUGUUUGUGUAAACUAAUAUAGCAGAGUAAAAUACUAUAUUUAAAAACUUUUAAAAUGCAUUGGUUUCUAUUGUAAAUAUUAUUAGGAUAUUGAAUUUGUAAAUACUUGGUUCCAAUUCCUUCUACCCCCUUCCAGGGGCAGAAAGGCUGAGACUGAUUUAUGUAUGAUGUGUACCUAUUUCCCCCCCCUUCCUUUUCUCCUUUACAGAUGUUGCCACUACUGGCUGCUUCUAACAUAACUUGUCCCAGUCUUUAGGGCCGCAACCGAAUUGCCUGCAAGAAUCAUAUAGGAGGGAAGAUUUUACUUCAAAAAGGGGCUUAGGGUAGAGGACUCUUCCAUUGUGAUAGUUGCAUGCAUCUUAACUCAAAUAAGCUUUAAGAUGUGUCAAAGUAAUAUUAGAGGCAGCCUUAAAUAGUACAUUAGUCAGGAAAGGUGUGGGUUUUUUUUUAAAUGAGAGAAAAAAAAUCAAAAUCCUGUAGAGGUCUUGGUUUUAAUAAAAUCUUAAAGGGAACCUAGCGUAGGUUGACUUAGGAAUCAUGCUUUGAGAUGGCUUGACUAAUGUGUUACUAGUGACAUCUUAAAAAAAAAAAAUAAAGACCAAUCAUGGCAAAAAAAGUCCACGUUGCGGUUGUUUUCUUUGGAUAAAAUAUUUGCCGAUUAAGUACGAGUUCUUUGGAAUUCUGUUUUGCCAACUAUAGUAAAACCUCAAGUUAACAGGCCAUUUAAAAAAGGAAAAAGGGCUUUUAUUAUGCCCCCAAAUCGGUUAAGUCAGGAAAUACGUCAUUUCUAUAAUGGUAUAAAUAGGUAAAUUUAAGCGCAUCUUCACUACUUUGGAUGCAAAAGACUUUUUCAGAAGAUGACUGGAUGGAAAUUUUGAAUCCAAAGUCUACUAAAUGAGAGAAGGAUUUUUACAAUAUUUAACUAUGGCUUAAUCUAUGGGACACAUAAUUGGUUUUUCCCCCCUUUUUGAGAAGCUAUGAUGAAGCAGAGCUGCUGACUGCCUGAUGGAAUUAGGCUGAAUUAGCAGUUUUUGUUUUUUUUAAAUUAGACCUUUUUGAUUUGUUGCUUUAUAAAACUUACGAAUCCCACGAACAGGCUAAACCUGCAUGUGCCAACACUUGCCCUAUUUCAUGGCAACAUCCCCGCAUUCAAUUUUACAUCCAGUCAAUCAUUUCAUAAAUCUAAAAUCCUUCUUCCAAGGUCUACAUUUAGAUCCCCUUGCAGCAAUUUUAAGAGCAGCAUAGAUAUUGUUGCAAAUGCAAUCCAGGGCAAAAUAUUGGCAAUAUUGAAUAUGAUCCUAUUAGUCUUCAAAGUGAUUCUUCAAUUGCCCGAACACCAUUGUUAAUUUCUCUAUAGACUCAAUUUGAUCCUUUAUGGGGGAGAGGGGGAGUGGAAACAUUUUCAGCAGGUAUUAGAAACCACAUGAAGACCGCAGUCCAGUGUUGGAGGACACAUUCUUAUCCGUGCAGAGUAUCUUAGGUUUAAUCCAUGGCAUCCCUUAAAAAAAAAAAGCUAGGAAAAGGUCUUAUUGCUAGUGAGCCAUUGUGAUCACAAGCAGACUAGAUGUUGGCCUGUUCUUCAGGGAAGAAGAGAUCUUUCUCUCUCUACAUCAUUCUUCCUGACCUCCAUUUAAAGCAGUUAAACACUUCAAUGGACCAAACAGCUGCAACGAUAAUCCAGGAUGGCCAGAUGUUUUCCUCAUUUUGAAAAAAAAAAACAGUGGGACGAUACAACCAACUACCAUAAUAAAGCUAAGAAACGGGGAAGGCUAACAGUCCUACCUUAAAAAUAUUCAUACGCAAGAGUUAUGACUUCUGUGUGCGCUUCCGGAAUGAAUACAAUUCAGUUUAACACGGCUUUUCAUCUUAGGGUUUGCUAUUUAAAAUAUAUAUAUAUAUAUAUAUACACACAUAUAUAUUCUUCAAAAGUGCCAUUGCCAUAGUUGCAAAAACUAAUUUGCAUUUGAGAACUAGUGAAGUGCUACCCGCUGAUCGGAGCUGACUGGAAACAUUGCACAGCUAAAAUACAAUGAAAUUGUGGUAUAUAUAUACAUAAUAUUCCCAUGUCACCUGAAGGGCAUAGAGGAAAAGGAGAAAAGGAAAGAAGAGAAGAGAAAGGAGAGAAGAGAAGGAGGGAAGGUUUAAGGCCUCCCCUCUGUUUCAAUUUCUGGUCUGUCUCCAGUAAGCUUUUCAACUACUGCCUGACAAUCGUUCUAGAAUCUUCACUCCUAAUUUAAAAAGAAGGUUCACAGCAAUUCUGAACUGGGUCAGAUAAUUCGUCACAGAGCUGAUUCCUUCGCUGCUGACUGCCACAUUUCCAAAUGCGAUUAAAAUACUGCAGAUUCUAAACAUGACGCCGGAUAAGAUCCAACUAGCCAA